CGAGUGAGCGCGAUGGAGGCGGCGCUGCGCGGGAUCAGGGCCAAGCUGACGGAGCACCGGGAGAAGGUGAUCAGCGGUCUGCUGCUGGGCUCGGCGGUGGCGCUGGGGUGGAAGUCGUCGGAGCAGCAGCGCGAGAUCCAGAGCCUGUUGGCCGAGAAGAGCUCUCUCCGAGCCACCAACGCCUCUAUGUCCGCCGCCAUGUGGGCCUGGCGGGAGGAGCUCUUCGCCCUCGCCGCCGCGCCCUCCUCCCCCAUUUCCGCGUCCCGGCUCCGCCACAUCUACGGCGAGGAGGAGCCCGCGCCGCUCGCGCCCGCGCCCGCGCCGCCAGGAGCAAAUGAUGGGAAGGAAGAGGAACCGAUCUCCAUAGCCUGAACUCUUUCCGCACUUUUUUCCAGUCGAGCGUGUGCCGUCCGUGUACAGCAUGGCCGGCUCCCUGAAGGCUAGGAGGAUGCUUUGCUAGAUAAUCACGAGUACCUGUGCGCUGAAUCGCAAAUAAUUUUCAUGGACCUCACCUAACGAAAGGAACAGUGGAGCUGUACCGUUACCGUGGACUGACAUAAAGUCCAGUCACAGUCAAUGUUAUAUUUCGGUGCUGCUACUAUGAUGAUGAUGAGCUUCAGGCUCUAGAUUUUUUUUUUGUCUACUUCAGAUGCUGUGCUUCAAGCAAAGUCGAGUGCCAAAUGGACAAGGGAAUAGACAACAAAACGUACACGAUUUGAGAUGAACGUGCCAGCCGCCGUGCAGGAAACGACGAAGCUGCAGGCAUAACUGUGCUUGUCUGCAAAUGUUUUGCAUCGUCUUUUAGCAUAAAAAUAACUCAUAAGACAGUCUCCAACAGGCUAUCCUGUUUUAUCUUUUAUUUUAAACUGUGCUCUGUAAAGCCGUGUAGUCUGAAAUGUAAGAUAAUAUUUUAC